AUGGCCAAAACCUCUCAGUCCUUCCCCCUCUCGUCCAUUAUUUCCAAAUGUGGCAGGAUCCAGGGUAGCGACAGCGGGGCUCUAUGCCUCAGGAUUAGAGAAGCAGGGAUGGCCAACCCCACAAGUGAUCCAGAGAAGGACAAAGACAUGGAAGAUGUGAUGGAAGGCCUGGAGGAACUCUCUGAGAGCCCUGACGAGGAGAAGAAUGGGAAGGCUCUGCUGCGUGUGUGCCUAGAAGAACAGCAUCACCUUAUCUGCGUACUGAAGAAAAAAGCAGACGAUGCACGCGAACGCUGCCGAGGCCUGGAGCAGCUCAACAUGGAGCUGGAGAAACUGAGGACAGAGGAUUUUGUGAAAAUGAAAACCCAGACCCAACGGAUUCAGCAUCUGGAGGGGCGCUUGGUGGAUCUGGCCAACAACCACGAAGAAAUGAUCCAGCUCAAGGACGAACACAGGAAACAGCGUAUGCAGCUGUGGGAGGAGAACAAGCGCCUGCGGCAGGAGAACGAAGCGCUCUUCAGCCAGGCUGUGAGGGAGAAGGAAGCUGAAGUGCUCCAGCUCGCUGCCCAGGCCAGACAGCUCUCGCAGCAGUUAGACUCUCACAGGAGGAACAUGCUGAUGAGUCGCAGAGCCCAGGAGCGGGAGAAGGAGCUGCUAGAAGCUCAGAGCCAGCAGGCAAGUGCCUACGCCUGGGAAGUCGAUUCACUAAAAAACCAGCUGCGAUGUCUACAGGAGAAGCACCAACAAGUUGUUGCACAGGCAGAGCAUGUAGAAAGUCAGUGGAGGGCUCAGGGCAGCGAGCUGCAGGCCAAGCUGGAGAGGGCAAAGGAGGAGAAAGAGUGACUACUGAACCUGGCCAUGGAGAGGGGCAAAGCAUUGCAAGAUAAGCAACGGGAAAUUCAGCGGCUGAGGGGGAGGCUGGAGAGCGCAGAAGCAGCCAGGCGGAGCGCAGGAAAGCGCCCUGCGACAGAGGCAGCAGCAGCGGACAAUGACCUGAAGGUCCGAGAGCUCCAACGACAGCUCGAAAGCAGCAAGCAGGCAUACAACGAACUCUCGCUGCAGUUUAAUGCCUACAGAAAGCACAGUACAGAUUUACUGACUAAAGAAAAAGCACUGAAUGUCAAACUCUGUCAUUUUGUUGCGCGGCUACAGUGUAAACGCCAGCUGACCCAGGCUACGGACCAGGCCCGUGGGCUGAGAGGAAGGGACACAGCAGGACUUGAGGCGGCCGAUGCUUGCAUCAGUCGAUACCCAGCGAGGAGUGCCCGCUGCCCUGUGGUGACCGCAAGAGAGCCGAAAAACAGGUACCCAGAUGGUCUGUAUCCGGGCAGGGGACACCCGCUGCCCCGCGUCGGUGGCCCGGCCCCUGCCACCAUGCAGCGGGAAAGCCCCCAAAACACCUCUGCCCG